AUGUGGGGUCAGGGGCGUUCGGGCAGGGCCUGGUUCCGCUCGCAUGGAGCAGCCUCGGGCCCGGCUGCUGAGGACGUACUCAGGGCUGCGGGGGGGGGACCAGGCUGGGCCGGGCUGGGCGCGGCCUCCGCUGCUGCCGCUCGCCGGGCUUGGCUGAGGCGGCUGCCCCCUCCCGCCCCCUGGAUCUCGCCCCCAGUGGACCGCAAGCACCUCUUCAGCAGCAGCUGCUCCUCCUCCCUGUCCUUUGAGGAGGCGGUCACCUCUUCCUCCUUCAGAGACCAGAGUUACCUGCCCCCCAAGGGGGUCCAAAAGGCCCAGAGGCAGGAAAAGGCCCCCGCUGCCCCCCCUUCCUCCUCAGAGGACUCCGAUUUCCUGCCCCCCACCAGGAAGGCCCGGCUGCGCAAAAAGCCCCCCAGCAGGAAGGGCACGGCCAAGAAAAAGGGGAAGGGGGCCAAGGAGAACAAGGCCCCGCAAGGAGAGCUCGGGGGCCGGCCUGCUGCCGCCAACCCCUUUGUGCCCCCCACCCCACUGCGCAGGAACGUCACUCAGUGCUGA